AUGGAAAACCCUAGCCGCGUGGGGAUUGCGAUUUCCGGAGAUGAGAAUGAGAGUAUAGAGGAUGAUGGUCGGCCGCCGGGGGGUGGGCCAGAUGGGUCGUUGCUAUGGGUUGAUAAGGUUCGCGAGAGUGGGCGUGGUGGGAUUCUGGUACCGGAGAAGGCUUUGGCGGACGAUUUUGUGAAAUCUAGGAUGAGUGUGGAAUUCCCGAGUGGUCUUAGGUCGGAGUAUCACGAUUGCAGCACUGAGUCGACGGCUGAAGGAGUUGUGGAAGCCGACGGGGGAAUGACUGUUUUGGAUCUCCCAAGGCAGUUUUUUAUGAUUCGAUUUGAUUCUGAGGAGGAUUAUAUGACAGCAGUGACUGGGGGACCGUGGCGAGUGAUGGGGAGUAUCUUGAUGGUCCAAGCAUGGGACCCAGGUUUUGAUCCAUUGCGCGACGAGAUUGUCACGACUCCGGUCUGGGUGCGGAUAUCAAAUUUGCCGAUUAAUUUCUACCAUAGGCAAAUUGUGUUGGGGAUAGCAGAGGGUUUAGGCAGGCCACUCCGAGUGGAUUUAACAACCAUGAGAGUGGAAAGGGCGAGAUUUGCUAGAGUGUGUAUAGAGGUGAAUCUGAAAAAACCUCUGAAAGGGUGUGGGGUGUUUGGGCACCUGGUGGCGGCCUGUCCUCGGAGGGUUGUAGCCCAGGUUGCUCAAAACGCGGUACAAUUGAGUGCAAUGAGUCCCGUUAGGGUGGAACAGGACAAGGAUGGGUUCACACAGAGAGAAGGGAGAGACUGGGAGAUUGGAGAGGAGUAUGGGGGAGGUGAAUGCGAUCUGGUGGUGUCGAACAGAUUUAGGGGCUUGGUAGAGGAGGGUCGGAGUCAUGAGGUUGGUGGUUCUCGUGAUGAUAAUAAAGAGAAUGAAGAUACCCAAAACAUUCCAAAUGAUGGGAAUGGCAGGUCUGGGAAGGAGCUUGUGGAGAGAGGGGGAAUGGAGAGGGUUCAUUCUCGUGUGGGCGACUCAGAACGACGGUCUGGGGGGAAUAAUGGCUGGAAAGGGACGGGUGUUAGAAAUAAAGGAGGGAAAGGAACUGUAUCUACGCGCGGGCUAGUGUUUGGGCCUAUGGGAGCGGAUGUUGGUGGUUUCUCGUCGGGGAAACGACUUCGGGUAGAUAGUGAGGAUGUGGGGCGUGAAGGGGGUGCUUUCACAGGUCCACGACCUGAUGCUUCGAGUUUGUUGAAGGAUGGACGGAGGGAAUUGGGAGGAGAUAACUUGGUGGCUGAUGUUACGUCAAUGGAGCUCAGUGGUGGUCUAUGGCUACUGUGGCGAGAGAGUGUAGGCAGAGUGGAGGUGUUAGCAUCAACUGAUCAGUUUAUCCAUGCUCAGAUACAGAAAGAGGAGGAGACGGUGAAUUUGGUGGUUGUUUAUGCUGCGCCAACAGUGAGCAGGCGUAGUGGACUGUGGGAGAAACUAAGUGGAGUGAUCAGGGGUGUGGUUGGUCCGUUGAUCAUUGGGGGCGAUUUUAACACUAUUUUGCGGUUAGAUGAAAGAACAUGGGGCAAUGGUAGGUUGUCAGCAGACUCUCUUGCCUUUGGACAAUGGAUCAGUGAUCUAGCGUUGAUCGAUAUGGGGUUCAAAGGAAAUCAGUUUACUUGGAAGCGAGGAAAGGCAGCGAGUAACUUCGUGGCUAAGAGGUUGGAUCGCGUGUUGUGUUGUGCACACGCACGCUUGAGAUGGCAGGAGGCAGUUGUUUCUCACCUUCCGUUUUUCUCAUCGGACCAUGUGCUGUUGUAUGUUCAAUUGAAUCUGCAGCGUCUGGUGGAUCCGCGACGUCGACCCUUUCGUUUUGAGGCGGCUUGGGUUAAUCAUGAAGGUUUUAAGGAGUUGGUCAGGACAUCUUGGAGCUCUGCUUUGUCCACGCCAGCAGCUCUGGAUGCGUUGAAGUGGAGGUUGAAAAAGUGGAAUAGAGAAGUGUUUGGACAUAUUAACACUCGAAAGGAGGGUUUGGUGAGGGAACUCAAAGAGAUACAGGAUCUAUUGGCUGUAGUCCAAACGGAUGAGUUGAUCUGUAAGGAGGAGCAACUGCUGAAGGACUUUGAAACGUUACUGGAACAGGAGGAGACUUUGUGGUUUCAAAAAUCCCGCGAGAAACAUAUUGAGUUAGGUGACAGGAAUACGGCUUUUUUUCACCUAUCAACAGUGAUUCGCAGAAAGAGGAAUAAGAUUGAAAUGUUGAAGGAUGAUGAGGAUAGGUGGGUGUCUCAUAAAGGGGAGUUGGAGUCAAUGGCGGUUGCCUACUAUAAACGGCUCUACUCUUUACAGGAUGUGAGUGAGGUCUGGGAAAGCUUAUCCACUGUGGGGUUGACAAGCUUAACUGAUGCGGAGAAGACCGCCUUGAUGCGGCCAUUCACGGGUGAGGAAGUGGUGGGGACGGUGAAAUGCAUGGGGAGUUUUAAAGCUCCUGGUCCGGAUGGGUUCCAACCAGUGUUUUACCAGAAAUGUUGGGAGACUGUUGGGAGUUCGGUGACUAAGUUUGUUUUAGACUUUUUUGAAUCGGGUGUAUUGCCAGAAUCGACAAAUGAUGCCUUGUUGGUUUUAAUAGCGAAGGUGGCUAAGCCAGAGCGCAUUACACAGUUCAGACCGGUGAGCUUGUGUAAUGUCCUGUUCAAGAUCAUAACGAAGAUGAUGGUUCUUAGGCUGAAAACGGUGAUUUCGAAACUCAUUGGGCCGGCUCAGUCUAGUUUUAUCCCGGGUAGACUGAGUGUUGAUAACAUCGUGGUGGUACAUGAGGUAGUUCACUCUAUGCGACGGAAGAAAGGUCGGAAGGGUUGGAUGUUGUUAAAGCUGGACUUGGAGAAGGCGUAUGAUCGGGUACGGUGGGAUUUCCUGGAGGAGACUCUAGUCGCUGCAGGGUUGCCUGCAAAUUGGGUUACGCGGAUCAUGGCGGGAGUUACUGAACCAUCCAUGAGCCUGUUGUGGAAUGGUGAGCGAACAGAUUCUUUCACAGCAGCUCGAGGUUUGAGGCAAGGCGACCCGCUCUCGCCUUAUCUAUUUGUUCUGUGCUUGGAACGAUUGUGUCAUCAGAUUGAAGCUGCGGUGGGCCGAGGGGAUUGGAAGCCAAUAGCAGUGUCACGUGGAGGACCAAAAUUGUCUCAUGUUUGCUUUGCGGAUGACUUGAUAUUAUUUGCAGAAGCAUCAGUUGCACAAGUGAGGCUGAUCCGAGGGGUGUUGGAGAGCUUUUGUUUGGCUUCGGGUCAGAAGGUUAGCCUGGAGAAGUCAAAGAUUUAUUUUUCUAAUAAUGUCAGUAGGGAGAUGGAGCAGCUGAUAAGUGCUGAGAGUGGCAUUGGUUCGACGAGGGAGUUAGGCAAGUACUUGGGGAUGCCAAUUCUACAGAAAAGGAUCAAUAAGGAUACCUUUGGGGAGAUUUUGGAAAGAGUUUCUGCAAGAUUAUCGGGCUGGAAGAGUCGCUCGCUGAGCCUCGCAGGGCGUUUAACAUUGACAAAGUCGGUUCUUUCGUCGCUACCGGUCCACCUCAUGGGGGCAAUUCUGUUACCAGAGUUUACUUCGCAGAGCCUGGAUAAACUGUCCAGAGCGUUUGUUUGGGGGAGUACAGCUGAGAAGAAGCGACAACACUUGCUGGCGUGGAAGCGAGUGUGUGUACCGAAGCAAGAGGGGGGUUUGGGUCUGCGACCUACAAGAGAUAUGAAUAGGGCAUUGAUUGCUAAGGUGGGAUGGAGAUUAUUACAUGAGAAGGACAGCCUCUGGGCUCGUGUUUUAACUAGUAAAUACAAAGUCAGGGAUGUGCAUGACCAAUCAUGGCUGGUAUCUAAUGGUCGAUGGUCGUCGACUUGGAGGAGCAUUUGUGUGGGCUUUAGGGAGGUUAUAUCCAAAGGGAUAGGCUGGGUUUCCGGGGAUGGGAAGAUAAUCCGGUUUUGGUCAGAUCGUUGGUUACUACCAGAACCGCUUUCAGGUCAUGUUACGGCGGAUCUAUCUGAUACUGAGAGGAGGAUGGUGGUAGAGGAGUAUUGGAUUGGGGGAGUGGGUUGGGAUAUUCCGAGGCUGAGUCAGCUCCUUCCCCUGAAUGUUCUUCAGCGGCUAUAUUCAGUUGUAAUUAGUGGAGUUGCAGGGUUUCAGGAUGCGUUAUCUUGGCAGGGCACUCCGAAUGGAGAGUUUACAGUGCGUUCGGCUUACUCUCUAUUGACACGGAGUGAUGAGGCCCGUCCGAGUAUGGCGAAUUUCUUUGCAUGUGUGUGGGGAGUGGUGGCUCCAGAGAGGGUGCGAGUGUUUCUAUGGCAGGUCAGUCAUCAAGUAAUCAUGACCAAUGUGGAGCGAGUGAGACGGCAUAUGGGGGACAGUGUAGUGUGCAAAGUGUGUUCUGGAGCGGAGGAAUCGAUACUACAUGUCCUGAGGGACUGUCCUGCCAUUUCUGGGAUUUGGAGGCGGUUGGUCCCUCAGCGAAAGCAGCCUGAGUUCUUCGAUCAGUCACUGCUACCUUGGCUGUUUAGAAACCUGCGGGUUGGUUUGAAUUCACGUAAUGGUCAUUGGUCUACUUUAUUUAGUAUGACAGUCUGGUGGGCUUGGAAGUGGAGAUGUAGUGACGUGUUUGGAGAGAGAAGGACUUGUAGGGACAUGUUGAAGUUUGUGAAGGAUAUGGCGGAGGAGGUGCAUAGAGCACACUCUCUGUCGGUGAAUACUACGGGUGGGAGGGUCGGGGUAGAACAACUGGUUAAGUGGGUAUGUCCGAAUGUUGGUUGGGUGAAGCUUACAACAGAUGGAGCCUCUCGGGGGAAUCCAGGGUUGGCUGCUGCAGGCGGCGCGAUCCGGGAUCGAGAGGGGGCGUGGUUGGGAGGAUUUGCGAUUAACAUAGGGGUCUGUACGGCUCCCUUAGCGGAGCUGUGGGGUGUGUACUAUGGGCUACACCUAGCUUGGGGAAGGGGAUUUCGUCGGGUGGAAUUGGAGGUGGAUUCGUUGUUGGUGGUUGGAUUGUUAAAGUCAGGGAUCAGCUCUGCUCAUCCGCUGUCUUUCCUGGUACGAUUGUGCCAAAGCUUUGUUUCAAGGGACUGGCUAGUCCGGAUUAAUCACGUGUAUAGGGAAGCUAACCGCCUAGCGGAUGGGUUAGCGAACUAUGCGUUUUCUUUACAGUUAGGUUUCCAUUCUUUUAAUUCUUGUCCUGAUGUGGUCUGUGAGAUCCUAAGGGAAGACGCCGUGGGGACUGUUGUCUCACGAGCUGUUCGUUUGUAA